AUGGCCUCGCCGACACCUACGGCCCCGUCGCCCUCUCCUAGCGGCCAGGUCGCCGCCUCCACCGGCCCAGCAGCCGAGCCGCCCAGCAGCUGUGCCACCCAGCAGCUGUGCCGCCCAGCAGCCGAGCCGCCCACCUGCCGAGCAGCUGAGCCGCCCAGCAGCCGAGCUGCCCAGCAGCCAAGCCGCCGAGCAGCCGAGCCGCCCACCAGCCGAGCCGCCGAGUCGCCCAGCAGCCGAGCCGCCCAGCAGCCGAGCCGACCAGCCGCCGAGCCGCCCUACUGUCGAUCCGCUGCUGUUCCUACUGACGGCCUCUCUCUGUUCGACCUCACCUCUAGUGCCUCCCCUGCCCCGUCUGCUACUGCUGACAGCACUGUUCGCUCACACUGGGCGACACGCGAUGCUGCUGCCCGUCUUGCUGUGCGUCGCCACUUACCAACCACUGAGCGUGCACACUUUAGCCAGUACAAGAGUGCUCAGACCUUGUACAACGCUGUAGUUGCACGCUACUCUUCCCCUGCCAUUACUGCACUGAGCCGCCUCAUGCUACCGUACCUCUUCCCCGACCUUGCUGCCUUUCCCAUAGUCGAUGACCUCAUUAUGCACCUCCGCACUAGUGACACUCGCUACCGCGCUGCGCUUCCUGCUGAGUUUUGCGCCAAGAACCCCCCCCCCCCCCCCAUGUACAUCACCCUCUACUAUAUAGUCACCCGGCUCCCUGACUCUCUCCACGUAGUCAGGGACCACUUCCUCUCAGUUUGCCCUACCACUCUCACCGUUGACCUCCUCGAGAAGGGCCUCCUAGCAGCAAAGAAGAGCAUAGUCGCUGUAGGAGCCUCUCGUGGUGACCCUCGCACCCCCGUCUUUGAGGGGUGUUCCCCCUCCCCCCUCUUGCCCUCUAUUGCUUCUGCUGCUGCGGCCGACCUCGUUGGUUUCGAGUCGGUCGGCGCUGCGUCUGCCCUUAGCGGAAGACGCCGCACCGGCAAGGGCAAGGGGGGCAAGGGCGCUGGAGGGGCUGGUGGAGGUGGUGGUAGAGGCAGUGGAGGGAGUGGGGGUGGUAGUGGGAGUGGUGGCGGGGGUGGCUGCGGCGGCAGCAGCAGUGGAGGCGGAGGAGGCGGCGGUGGAGGCGGAGGGAGCGGAGGCGGCGGAGGUGGCGGAGGAGGCGGAGGUAGAGGAGGCGGCGGAGGCGGCGGCGGCGGCAGUGGUGGAGCGGGUCGCGACUCUGCGCAGAGGAGUGGGUCAGGUGGUGGUCCGCGCCAGCAGCAGCGGAGUGGUGUGACCCUGUCCCCUCAGCAGCUUCAUGAGUGGUACGCUGCACGUCAGCGCAGUGGGGGUACUGGUCCCUGCAGUUACGUCCUCCGUACUAGCGGUCGAGCUGGUGAGCAGUGCGGGGGCCCGCACUCCACCCAGCACUGCUUCAGUCGCCUGACGGACGCGUGGCGUCGCCAGUUGCCUGAGGCGUCAGAGAUCCCUCGCUGGGGAGAUCUGUCUAGGGCGGGGGUUGCCAUCUUUGAUCUUGACUAUGAUGCUAUCCUUGCUGCCAUGUAUUCUGUGACUACUAGUGUUGAGGGUGACUGUUACCUGUGUUUACCGCCUGAACCGGGCAUUGAGGCGACUGCUCUAGGUGCUGGUGAGGCUGCUGCUCUAGGUGCUAGUGCGUCUGCUGCACUAGGUGCUAGUGGUCUGCUACCCCAAGUGCUGGUGAGUCUGCGCUCUCAGGGUCCUUGA